CCGGACUUGUUGUUUUUGAAAAAUCAACGAUCUUUAAAACGGAAAUAAGUACUCUACAUUAAGAUUUAAUAUCUAGAUACGGAAAUUAUUUCUUCAUUGAUUCUAACAUUGUCUAAUACAGAAAAGAAUUGUAGUGAAUUCGUUAUGGCUAAAUAUCUUUGUUCGUUUAUAUUGUUACUUUCACUGAUUGUCAGCAGUUUUACCACUGGAUUAAGUACGACAGAACAAAAUGCAUGUCCUCGGUACAUAAGACGAAUGAAACCAGAUGGACAGUACCAUAGAGUUUUGGAAAUGACAUGUUGUCCGGAUUAUAUGGAAGUGGACAAUAAAUGUAUAGCGUGCCCUGCAGGCCAUUUUGGACAGAACUGUAGUGUGCCAUGUCUUGACGGUAAAUAUGGACAACAAUGUAAAUUGACGUGUAAUUGUACACGUGAUCUAUGCGACCCAAAAAUUGGUUGUAAAUGUAAAGCAGGGUUUACUGGAGUGCACUGUCAUAAGGAGUGUCCAGAUGGAUAUUACGGAAUGGAUUGCCAAUCUAUUUGUAAAUGCUCAGAAAAAUCUGACUGCGAUCAUGAGACAGGCUAUUGUAGAUGUCACAUAGGUUAUGAAGGCAGAUUUUGUCAUGACAUUUGUCGUGAUCAGUUUUAUGGACAGGAUUGCUCACUUAAUUGUAGCUGUCCAAAUCAGGUACCUUGUCAUCACGUGACUGGUCAUUGCCUGUGUCCAAAGGGUUUCAGGGGAGACAAUUGUGAUGAAAGAUGCCCGGUGGGUACAUUUGGCGGGAACUGUCUUGGUACAUGUAAUUGUGUAGAAGGAACAUGUGAUCCGAAGAACGGACAAUGCACGUGUAACCCGGGUUACUCCGGUAGAUUAUGCAACGAAAAUUGUCCACAAAACUCGUUUGGGAUAGGAUGUAAUUCGACCUGCACUUGUGAUACCAAUUCUAGAUGUCAUCCUGUUACUGGAGAAUGUCUGUGUCAGCCUGGGUUUUACGGAAAAGACUGCAGGAAAACAUGCAGUGCAGGAUCCUAUGGUCAUGGCUGUAUAUACACAUGUAAAUGUUCCAGAACGUCAGUAUGUAACACUCAGACUGGUGAGUGCACUUGUGAUAGAGGAUGGACUGGGGUAAUUUGUGACCACAAAUGCUCGUCUGGUUACUAUGGUGCUGGAUGUCUUCAACGCUGUGGCUGUUUAGAAAAUCAACAUUGUCAUCAUGUGACUGGUGACUGUCAAUGUGAGACAGGGAAAAGGGGAUUGCACUGUAAUGAAACAUGUGAUGCUGGUACUUAUGGAAUUGACUGUGCAGAAAGAUGUAAUUGUCAACAUUGCAGUUCAGUUGACGGAGUGUGUCAACAAAUGCAUGCCAGUAAUGAUGAUAAAUCAACAGUAGGGAUAUCUGUCGGUAUAGUGGCGGGAAUUCUAGUUUUGGUCGGAUGUCUUUUGUUUAUCAUUGUUUUAAAACGCCGUAAUAGUAUGACAGCUGUACAUGAACUGCAGAAGAUGAGGAGGGACGAUUUUAGCAGUAAUCAUUACGAAGACAUUGAUACUUACGCUGAAAUACAAGAUUCAAAGUUACUACCGAACUAUCCUUACAGCUAUGCUGAUUCAACGGAAGUUAAACCACCAAUCAAAGAGAGACAACCGACUUCAAAAAGAGCACGUAAUAUAUACCUUUCUGUCACUGAUGCACAAAGAUUUAGUAAGCUCUCAGUUUCAAGUGGGGACAUAAAGAGUCAAUGCGAAAGUUCGGACUAUUUGAAUCCAUAUACAGGACUAAUAAGAGAUGCCAAAUGUGCAAGUUAUCAAGAAAUCAAUAAGGUGACAAAAGAACGGAACGCCAGCAAUGAGUCUGAAUCUGGAUAUGUAAAACCUGUAUCAGGAACUGCAAAGACAAACGAUAUCAAUAACAGACAUUGCAAUGACUACAUAGAUGCCAAAUCUUCUAUAAGACAAACCAAUGACGAUGACCCCGACAUAGUUACUAAGAAAAUCAGAAACGAGAGCGACAGCAGCAUUCAGUCUGGAUACUUAAAGAUGAACUCGAGUCUGAAGAAGAAGUCAGAAACUGAAGCUGAUUACAGCAUAAUGGACAUGGAUGACAAAGAUAGUCUUAACAGUGUAUUUCUUCCAAAGAUAACAAUAAGCAGUCAAAACGGUUCUACAGAGACCCUGAAUAUAAAAACCAAUGACUGAAUAUAUUUGCAAAACCAUGGUCUACAAAAUAUGUUUAGAAAUACUAGUUUCACUGCCGUUUUAUGUACAUUCUGUUUGAAAUAAACACAUUAUAAUUAUGUAAAUUCUAAUAAAAUGUUCUGGACGUU